AUGCCAGGGUCGCUGCUGGGUAAUCUCUUCGGUUUGAGGCAAGCUACCCUCCACUUCGCACAGCUGGUAUGCCGACACAAGGAUCCAAAGGGAGCGGCAGAGGCAGGCGACAGCCAUCCCAUGCACUCGGACGAUGGUUGCAAAUACCAGGAGGGAACUGGCAAGUUGCGUUGCAUCUUUGAUCCGUUUUGUUCUCCUCUGAUGAACUUAAUGAUUACAGUGGCCGUGCUCCAGGAGCCAGCCGACGACGUGAGCGAGUCUUGCAUCGCCUCGGAGACUGGGGACCCACGCACGCAUGCGGCGUAUCUCUAUCUGCAUGGACCGGAAGGAGGGGACUUUCGAGGAGGUGAUUUCUUCUUUGCCAGCCAAAGCCAAGAGCGAGUUCGGCUACGACCUGCAACAGGUCGUAUGGUAGCAAUUGCUGCGAGCAGCAGCAAUCUGCAUGGUGUGGAGCACCUGGAGGUGCACCCU